GCGGCGGCGGCGGGGCCGAGGGGAGCGGGCGAGCGGAGCGCAGCGGAGCCGGGGGGCUGUCGGCCGGCAGGAUGCUGGAGAUCCAGCUGGACGAUGGCGGCGUGGGGGGGUACCCGGGCGACGAUUACUGCUCGGGGUCGGUGAUGUCGGAGCGCGUCUCGGGCCUCGCCAACAGCAUCUACCGCGAGUUCGAGCGGCUGAUCCACUGCUACGACGAGGAGGUGGUGAAGGAGCUGAUGCCGCUGGUGGUGACGGUGCUGGAGAACCUGGACUCGGUGCUCACCGACAACCAGGAGCACGAGGUGGAGCUGGAGCUGCUGCGGGAGGACAACGAGCAGCUGCUCACGCAGUACGAGCGGGAGAAGGCGCUGCGCAAACAGGCCGAGGAGAAGUUCAUAGAGUUUGAAGAUGCACUGGAACAGGAGAAGAAAGAACUACAAAUCCAAGUGGAACACCUUGAAUUUCAGACUCGACAGUUGGAGCUGAAGACCAAAAACUAUGCAGACCAGAUUUCUCGACUGGAGGAACGUGAAUCAGAAAUGAAGAAGGAGUACAAUGCUCUGCAUCAGCGUCACACAGAGAUGAUCCAGACCUACGUGGAACACAUUGAGCGAUCCAAGAUGCAGCAAGUUGGGGGCAAUAACCAGACGGACGGCAGUGUCCCUGGGAGAAGUCAUCGCCAGUCCUGGAGGAAAAGCAGGAAGGAACGUCCCAACUCCCUGAAUGUCUUCCCCCUCGCUGAUGGCAUGGUACGUGGGCAGAUAGGGGCCAAGAUCGUCCCAACACUGGACCACUGGCACCUGAGUGACCUCGGCCAGCUGCAGUCCAACUCCAGCUACAAGUGCCCCCAGGAUGAAAUGUCCGAAUCUGGGCAGUCCUCAGCAGCUGCCACGCCGAGCACCACGGGAACCAAGUCCAACACUCCCACGUCAUCCGUGCCCUCUGCUGCCGUCACCCCUUUGAACGAGAGCAUCCAGCCCAUCAGCGAGUACACCAAUGGCACCACCAAGAGCAACAAGAGGGCGCGAGAAAAGCGGAACAGCCGGAACAUGGAAGUCCAGGUCACACAGGAGAUGAGGAAUGUCAGCAUAGGGAUGGGCAGCAGUGAUGAGUGGUCCGAUGUCCAGGACAUCAUUGACUCCACUCCAGAGCUGGACAUGUGUCAGGACCCCCGCCUGGAACGCACGGGUAGCAGCCCGACACAGGGGAUUGUGAACAAAGCGUUUGGCAUCAACACAGACUCCCUGUACCAUGAACUGUCCACAGCAGGGUCUGAGGUCAUUGGAGAUGUUGAUGAAGGAGCAGAUCUGCUAGGGGAGUUCUCAGUACGGGAUGAUUUCUUUGGAAUGGGCAAAGAAGUGGGGAAUCUGCUCUUGGAGAACUCGCAGCUGCUGGAGACCAAAAAUGCUUUGAACGUUGUGAAGAAUGAUUUGAUUGCCAAGGUGGACCAGCUGUCUGGGGAGCAGGAAGUGCUGAAGGGGGAGCUGGAAGCAACAAAGCAGGCCAAAGCCAAAAUAGAAACCAGAGUCAAGGAGCUGGAGGAAGAGCUGAAGAGAGUGAAAUCCGAAGCCAUCGUUGCCCGACGAGAGCCCAAAGAGGAGGUGGAGGAUGUAAGCAGCUAUCUCUGUACAGAAUUGCAGUGCUCCUCCCCUCUACAGGACAGCAUUCCCAUUGCCCAGCGCCGGCGCUUCACCCGCGUGGAGAUGGCUCGGGUCCUGAUGGAGCGCAACCAGUACAAGGAGAGGCUGAUGGAGCUCCAGGAGGCUGUCAGGUGGACAGAGAUGAUCAGAGCUUCCCGUGAGCACCCAUCCGUCCAGGAGAAGAAGAAAUCCACCAUUUGGCAGUUCUUCAGCCGUCUGUUUAGCUCUUCCUCCAGUCCCCCCCCAGCAAAGAGGACCUACCCCUCUGUGAAUAUCCACUACAAGUCUCCCACCACGGCGGGGUUCAGCCAGCGGCGCAGCCACACCAUGUGCCAGAUCUCCUCCGGCAGCCGCACUCUCGAGUUCUUCCCUGACGAUGACUGCACAUCCUCGGCACGCCGGGAGCAGAAGCGGGAGCAGUACCGGCAGGUCCGGGAGCAUGUGCGGAAUGACGACGGGCGGUUGCAGGCCUGUGGCUGGAGCCUCCCAGCCAAGUACAAGCAGCUGAGUCCCAAUGGUGGUCAGGAAGACACUCGCAUGAAAAACGUCCCCGUGCCUGUGUACUGUCGCCCACUAGUAGAGAAGGACCCAACCAUGAAGCUGUGGUGUGCAGCUGGAGUCAAUCUCUCAGGAUGGAGACCUCUGGAACCGGAGCCUGGGAAUGGGCAGAAAUUGGAUCCUGGGCGUGAUCCCCUCACCUGUGAUAGGGAAGUGGAAGGCGAGAACAACAAAAGUAACCAUACAUCUCCUGAGAAGAAAAAGGCAAAGGAGCUCCAUGAGAUGGAUGCCACAUCCAGCCGUGUCUGGAUCCUCACUAGCACACUGUCCACCAGUAAAGUCGUGAUCAUUGAUGCCAACCAGCCUGGCACUGUGGUGGACCAGUUCACUGUCUGCAACGCCCACGUGCUCUGCAUUUCCAGCAUCCCCGCGGCCAGUGAGAGUGACUAUCCUCCGGGCGAGAUCUUCCUGGAGGGGGAUGUGAAUCCCGAGGAGUCAGCUGGAGCAGACGGUGUCUUGGCAGGGAUCACGCUGGUGGGCUGUGCAACCCGCUGCAAUGUGCCACGAAGCAACUGCUCCUCGCGUGGGGACACUCCUGUGCUGGACAAGGGGCAGAGUGAGGUGGGUCCUGUCUGCAAUGGGAAGAUCAACCAGUCCCAGUCUACUGAGGAGGCAACAGAGGCUACCGAGGUCCCGGAGAGCGGUGCCAGCGAGGCAGAGCCGGCGCAGGCCCGGCCUGGGCCCCUCACUGAGCAUGUGUUCACAGACCCUGUCCCAGCACAGGCACCCAGGCAGAACGGGGAGAAUGGGCAGCUGAAGACAGAGCCCAGCACAAUACUGCCAGAUCAGGAGCCGACUGGGGAUGCUGCUGGGGCCUGCACCAGUGCUGCCCCCACCAUGUGGCUGGGAGCUCAGAAUGGCUGGCUUUAUGUGCACUCGGCUGUGUCCAACUGGAAGAAGUGUCUGCACUCAAUAAAGCUGAAGGACUCUGUGCUGAGCCUGGUGCAUGUGAAAGGGAGGGUCCUGGUUGCUCUGGCAGAUGGAACACUAGCCAUAUUCCACCGGGGAGAAGAUGGCCAGUGGGAUCUCAGUAACUACCACCUGAUGGAUCUCGGCCACACUCACCACUCGAUCCGCUGCAUGGCCGUGGUCUACGAUAGAGUCUGGUGCGGCUACAAGAACAAAAUCCAUGUUAUCCAGCCAAAGACGAUGCAGAUUGAGAAGUCCUUUGAUGCCCACCCUCGACGGGAGAGCCAGGUGCGACAGCUGGCAUGGAUUGGAGAUGGAGUGUGGGUUUCCAUCCGCCUGGACUCCACCCUGAGGCUCUACCAUGCCCACAGCCACCAGCACCUGCAGGAUGUUGACAUCGAGCCUUAUGUCAGCAAGAUGUUGGGCACUGGAAAGCUGGGUUUCUCCUUCGUGCGGAUCACAGCCCUGCUCAUCGCUGGCAACCGCCUCUGGGUGGGCACCGGGAACGGCGUCGUCAUCUCCAUUCCCCUGACAGAGACUGUAGUCCUCCACCGAGGCCAACUCCUUGGGCUCCGGGCCAACAAGACCUCACCAACCUCUGGAGAGGGCAGCCGCUCCGGCGGGGUCAUCCACGUGUAUGGUGAUGACAACAGUGACAAAUCUGCCAGCAGCUUCAUUCCCUACUGCUCCAUGGCUCAGGCACAGCUCUGUUUCCAUGGACACCGGGAUGCUGUCAAAUUCUUCGUCUCUGUGCCUGGCAAUGUCCUUGCGACCCUGAACGGGAGCGUGUUGGACAGCCCUUCGGAGAACCCCAGCACGGCGGCCACCGAGACCGAGGGGCAGAAGCUGAAGAACGUCCUGGUGCUGAGUGGAGGAGAAGGGUACAUUGAUUUCCGGAUCGGGGAUGGGGAAGAUGAUGAAACAGAAGAGAACGCAGGAGACGCCACACAGGUGAAACCAGUACUUUCCAAGGCUGAACGGAGCCACAUUAUUGUGUGGCAGGUAUCAUAUAUCCCUGAGUGAGAAUUCCUCCACCCCCACGAUGUAAGUGUCCCUCCUCCCGCCUGAAUGCCAAGAUGUACAUACAGAACGCCUGCAUUAUAACUCCUGCUGGAAACUGACCCCAGACAACUGCAACGGCUCCUGCCUCAGACUGUGACCCCCUCGGAACUCGCAAGCUUUCAUCUCGGGCCUGUGCGCUUUCGGCAGGGUUGGAUUCUUGUUCUGCUUUGGAGCUGGCAUCUACAAGGAGAGAAAAGGCAGCACAUCUUGAAGUGAGCUUGGAGCCAGGACUGUGGGAAGCCUUCGCCCAGCUGGAGGGGGGUGGCUCAGGUUCUCAGGCAGGUUGCUUCACUCCCACCUGCAUGAGAAGGAAAUGUGUCCUCAGGCAUCCCCUGCAAAGCACUGGUGGUGAAUCACUUCUGCAGCACCCCAGCAGAGAUCCCUUCUAGUUCACCAGUGGGCUCUCCACCUUAAGCACAGAGUAACAUCCCAUAGUCUGAGAGGAGAUUGGUCCAAGGAGCCCUCAGUAGAAAGGAGCAUCAUGGUUUGGGCAGCCCUUCUGCUGCUGGGCUGGAGGAGGCACCAGCACCAUUGCUGUGGGGUUCACAUCUUCCAUCCUUGCAGUGGGAAAGUCCCCUCCUCUGCUGCUGCUGUUGCCUUAGCAGUUGUGUGCUGGGUGCCUGUGUGUGUCCCCAGAGGAUUGUUUGGUGGCCUUAGGUGGCCAAUGGGUGUUUGAUUGUGGAGGCCACAUGGCUGUGGUAGCAAAGGGAUACUAGAACACUGCACUUUCAAGAGCAGAAAAGGCAACUGGGAAA